AUGGCAAGGCAAUUAGGAUCUUUUCUCUUAGGCGUGCUGCUACUAACUGGCUUUGCAUUGACAGAUAGCAAAGCUGAUAUCGGAGCUACACCCACUAAUUAUGACACUGCUUCUCUCAAUAGGAGCAGUUUUCCAGAGGGGUUCAUAUUUGGUGUAGGUUCUGCAGCUUACCAAUAUGAAGGUGCUGCAAAAGAGUAUGGUAGAGGACCAAGCAUAUGGGAUAUCUACACCCACAAAUAUCCUGAAAGGAUUACUAAUAGAAGCAAUGGAGAUAUCGCUGUGGAUCAAUAUCACCGUUAUAAGGAAGAUGUGGGGAUUAUGAAGAAUAUGGGGUGGGAUGCGUAUAGGUUCUCUAUUUCAUGGUCCAGAUUGUUACCAAAUGGAAAGUUAAGUGGAGGCGUGAAUAAGGAAGGAAUCAACUACUACAACAAUCUCAUCAAUGAGCUCCUACGCAAUGGUUUGACGCCAUUUGUGACACUCUUCCAUUGGGAUCUUCCCCAAACUUUAGAAGAAGAAUACGGUGGUUUUUUAAGCCCUCGUAUUAUCCAUCAUUUUCAAGACUAUGUAGAACUUUGUUACAAGGAAUUCGGUGAUAGAGUAAAGCAUUGGACCACGUUGAAUGAACCAUAUACCUUUAGUAACUAUGGUUAUGGAAUCGGGUUAUUUGCACCUGGACGAUGCUCCGCUUGGCAGCAGCUAAACUGCACCGGCGGAGAUUCAUCUACUGAACCAUACUUGGUAACACACCACCUACUCCUUGCUCAUGUAACUGCGGCAUCUCAAAAAGGAGUGAUAGGGAUAACACUAGUGUCACAUUGGUUUGCGGAGCCAUUGACAAGUGGUGACUAUCCACAAAGCAUGCGAUCUUUUGUUGGAAGUCGAUUACCAAAAUUCACAGAACAACAAUCCAAGUUGUUGAUUGGGUCAUUUGAUUUUCUUGGACUAAAUUAUUAUGCUGGUUACUAUGCAAGUGAUGCACCUCAAAAUAACUCUGUAUAUGCAAGCUACGUAACAGAUGCUCGAGUUAAUCUUUCAUCUGAGCGUCACGGGGUCCCUAUUGGUCCAAAGGGUGCUUCGGACUGGCUAAAUAUUUAUCCAAGAGGAAUUCAAGAUCUUUUACUGUACGUAAGGAAUAAGUAUCAUGAUCCACUCAUUUAUGUUACUGAGAAUGGUGUGGAUGAGUCCAAUGAUCCCAAAUUAUCACUUGUGGAAGCCCUUAAUGAUACCCUUAGAGUUGACUACUACAAUCAUCAUCUCUAUUAUGUUCAAAGUGCAAUUGAAAAUGGUGUCAAAGUGAAGGGAUAUUUUCCGUGGUCAUUGCUAGACAACUUUGAAUGGAGUUCUGGAUACAAUGUUCGAUUUGGUAUCACUUAUGUAGAUUACAAUGACAAGUUGAAAAGGCACCCAAAACUCUCGGCACAAUGGUUCAAAAGUUUCCUUAAGAAGUAUUGA